AUGGCCCAGUGCACCAGCUGCCCAACGGACAUGCACGACCUCAAAGUGUCCCGUUCACAGCGGGGCUGUGCAAAGACGGAAGAGGAGGAAGCCACGGGCUCAGAGGAGGAUCUGGGUUCGUCUCGUGGCAGCGGCGUGUGUAAAUGGUUCAACGUCCGGAUGGGUUUCGGGUUCCUGUCGAUGACCAACCGAGAUGGGACACCGCUCGAGGAGACUGUCGAUGUAUUCGUUCAUCAGAGCAAGCUGCACAUGGAGGGCUUCCGUAGCCUGAAGGAGGGCGAGGCGGUGGAGUUUACCUUCAAGAAGUCGUCUAAAGGCCUAGAGUCUGUCACGGUGACGGGGCCAGGGGGAGCACAGUGUGUGGGCUGUGAGAAGACACCUAAGGGGCAACAGAAACGACGCUCCAAGGGGGACAGAUGCUACAACUGUGGAGGACCUGACCACCAUGCCAAAGAAUGCCAGCUACCUCCUCAGCCCAAGAAGUGCCAUUGCUGCCAGAGCAUCAGCCACAUGGUGGCCAACUGUCCAAUCAAAGCACAGCAGUCCUCCCCUGGCUCUCAGGGAAUAGCAUCAUCAUUGAGGGAUGAGAAAGAGGAGCAGGGCCACGCCCCCUUACUCCCCAGGGAGAGCUCUGAUUGAUCCAUUCAAGGAUUCAGCCAAUCACAAGGUUUCAUUGUAAUGCUGCUGUUGGAACUACAUCAGGCUGUCUUUAUUUAUCGAACGAACAGCAAGAAAAUUGUUUUUUUAUUGAUGCGAUAGUUGAAAUUGAGAGUUAGCUCUGUGUUUUAAUGCACAGAGAGACACAUCUAUCCACCUUCUUUGCAACUCAAAUACUUUUAGUAAUUCCUUUUUUUUGUCUAUGAAGGUAUUCGUUCUGCAUUAGAUAAUGAAGUGUCUUAGCUUCACACUGAAACAAUCAAAACUCACUGUGUUUACAAACUGCAAUAAGCCUUGUAUUGUCAGUUUUUACCACUGUACCUAUGUGCACUGAUUAUUUUAUUUCCCCUGCUGCAGCUAAAUCAGAGCUAGCCUACGUGGAUUUUACUGGAGAUGAUCGUGAGUGUUUUCCCCAAAAGCUUUUGUUAGAAAAAGGUAAAGAAAAUACAAUCAUCCAAGUGAAUAUACAGAAGUAGAUUGUUUCUUGGUCAAAAAGGAGUGUGUCUUUCUGCUUAUUGAAAUCUUCAUUGGGUAUUAUAAGUCAUUGUGCAUUUCUUCGGCCAAGUGAAUGUUUGAACCCUUUCUGCUGUAUGAAUGUUGGUACACCAUGGAUGCCGAUAGGACUGUACAAUACAGCUUGUCAUAAGUGCCAUAGCCUGGCCAUUUGUCUCAUGGGUGGUUGGAUGUUGCCUCCUCCCAUGCAUUUCACAAAGCUUUGACUCAAGGCUAAUUGCUAGACCAGCGUUGAUUGUAUGACAGACUGUGUCUUUCUGUCUGUCCCAUAGCUUUUACUUUGGAUGUAGACAUGGCUUUCUAACAUAUUCUACAUAUUAGGGGUGUUCUCAUACCCUACCCAAUACAUUACCUGUUUAUCAUUGUCUCAUUGUACUUGGAAACUAUUUAGAAAAAAUGUGCUUUCUUGGAUGGGUGUUUUUUCUUCAAUGACAUAUGUUCAUGAUUGAGUGAAAUGAUAAAGGGACUCAAGUGUUGAAUAAGAUGGUUCUAAGUGUAGUCUUCAUUCCUCUUUUACAGAGGUGACUGGAAUACUUUACACCACUUAAAUGGAUAUAGAUAUUGUUUUCUUUUUAUAUUUAUUAUUUAUUCAUUGUCUUAAUUCUCUAAGCCUCUAAUUGAUCCAGUAUUACAAUUUCUAGCUCAUUUCUGUUUAAACUGAAACUGGCUUUGGUUGUGGGCUCUUUAGAGCUUCAUGGUCAUAUUUAGGGGCUUUGUUUUCAGUUGACUUCAUAAUAUGUUGUGCGUAAACCAUUGCAACAAUACUCUGCACUAAUCAUGUAUGGAGUAUGAGUAUGGGCAUUUCUUAAAGAUACUUAAUAACUCAUUGAUCCUUAUGAUUGUAGCUAGGGUUUAGUUUCUCUGAAAUCCUCAUGUUGAACUCAGGGAAACCCAUUUAAAGAGGAGCUACUUUGGAAGGAGGGGUAAAGUGUAUUAUGUGUGUACCUAUAGCCUAUAGGCUGGGUUGCCGGAAAACCCAUGCAGAACAUUGAUUGCCAAAAGAGCCAAAAGGGCAAUGCACUAUUUACACGUUGCUAUGACGUUACAGUAGUACAGCUAGCUAUAUUUAAUGUUAUAUCCUAGUUUUGCUCUCUUUUUCUGAUUGAAUUGGUGAUCAAGUUGUAAGACAGCGUAGGUAUUAGAGAAUAAUGAUAUUUCCUUAGACACCCUGAGUUACUUCUCUGGUCUCUCUCUGGAGGUGGCAUAAGACCAGUCUGAAGCACCAAACCAUCUACCUCCCCACUUUCAGUGGUUAUUGUAAAUAUACAGCUUCGUCACAAUAUUAAUAUAAUGUUGUUUAGUCCCGUGUUUACUUUGCAUGGUAGUCAGUCAGUAGUUAGAAUAGAGUAGACUUGCCUCUCCAUGUAGGAACUACAGAAUGGGCCCCUUUGUAGACAAAGCAUUUUGAUGACCAGGGUUGGACUGGCCGGUCCAUUUUUAGCCCAGUGGGCCUGUCUAACUUGGGUUUUUUGGGCAAAAUUACCAUUAUCCAGUGAUUUUUUUUACCUUUAUUUAACUAGGCAAGUCAGUUAAGAACAAAUUCUUAUUUUCAAUGACGGCCUAGGAACAGUGGGUUAACUGCCUGUUCAGGGGCAGAACGACAGAUUUGUACCUUGUCAGCUCGGGGGUUUGAACUUGCAACCUUCCGGUUACUAGUCCAACACUCUAACCACUAGGCUACGCUGCCGCCUUGAGCGAAUAAAUAGGCCGGAGUGGGGGUUCAAGAAAAUUAAUGACCUUGUCUAUGACCUUUUAAGAGCUUGUGUUGAUGGGUAAUGACAUUUGCCAUUUGAUGUCACACAGUCAUAUGGGUUUGAGCCUAGUAUUUUAUCCCUUAAUUUAUUUAGGCUGUAAAGUCCAGACAAUGGGUUUAAUCUUUUUAUUUUAUUUAGAGUGGGUCAUGUUUUUUAUAUUACAAUGUUCUUACUAUAUGAAAACAAGACAGAAAUGCCUUGUCAAGAAUCUAUACAAGUCUACCUCAGGAUGUUUUUGAAAAUGGACAAUGACAGAGUUUUUUAAAAUCAAGAUGAAAUUGUCCAUGAAUUUUGUGAGAUUUUUUUGAAUUUUUCCUUUUAUGUGAAUGAUUUAUUUGUUUCAGUUUGCAAUGCGAUGUGUUCUACCUCCCACAGAAAUGCUGUUGAAUGAUUGUUUACUGCUUUUAUUUUUUGUGAUUAAGCAUUGUCUGCACCAAUACAUCACAGACAUUCUUGAAUUAUUCUCUGCAUUGAUAUUAUUUUGUGUAUGUAUAACAUGAUAAUACUGAACUCAAAGCAAGAGGGGUAUAUUACUCUGCAUGUAGGUGACAACAGUGCCUCUUGAACAAAUCACCUUAUCUAUACUUACCAGGACAGGCAAACGCCCUAACAACUUCAAGCAGCCUCAAUAAACCUCUGACAUCUCUGUUGUGUUUCUGCAGACGUGUGACACUAGGCCUAAAGCAUCAAAUAUAAACAUAUUCAGCAUAGGCUGUGGGAAAAAACAGUAUUUACUGUCAGAAACACAUUUGUUAAAUUUUGUGACAAAUCUGCCACUGAUCUUUUGAUACAUUGUAAUGAGUUUGUGUAAGUUAUGCUUUUGCAUAUGUUUAUUUCUUAUAUGAGUUGAAAGUAUGGUUAAAAAAUAUUCUGAAUCAUUCCUCACAAAAUGAAUACCCACCUCUUUCCCUCAUCUAUUCUUUCUUGUCACUAUCUCAAUUAGGCCUAUAUGUCAGUCUUCAAUGCAGAGGUAAUACACAGUGCCUUCAGAAAGUAUUCACAUCCGUUCACUGUUUCAGCAUUUUGUGUUACAGCGGAUUAUAUUUAGAUGUUGCAUUACUGGCCUACACAAAAUACCCCAUAAUGUCAAAGUGGAAUUAUGUUUUUAGAAAUGUUGGAAAUCAAAAGCUGAAAUGUAUUGAGUCAAUAAGUAUUCAAACCCUUUCUUAUGGAAAUCAUAAAUAAGUUCAGGAGUAAAAAUGUGCUUAACAAGUUGCAAGGACUCACUCUGUGUGCAAUAAUAGUGUUUAACAUCAUUUUUGAAUGACUACCUCAUCUCUGUACCCAACACAUACAAUUAUUGCACAGUGAAUUUCAAACACAGAUUCAAACACAAUGACCAGGAAGGUUUUCUAAUGUCUCUCAAAGAAUGGCUGCUAUUGGUAGAUUGGUUUUAAAGAAACAGACAUUGAAUAUCCCUUUGAGCAUGCUGAAGCUAUUAAUUACACUUUGGAUGGUGUAUCAAUACACUCAGUCACUACAAAGAUACAGGCGUCCUUCCUAACUAAGUUUCCGGAGAGGAAGGAAACCGCUCAGGAAUUUCACCAUGAGGCCAAUGGUGACUUUAAAACAGUUACACGGUUUAAUGGCUAUGAUAGGAGAAAACUGAGGAUGGAUCAACAACAUUGUGGUUACUCCCCAAUACUAACCUAAAUGACAGAGUGAAAAUAAGGAAGCCUGUACAGAAUAAAAAUAUUCCAAAACAUGCAUCCUGUUUGCAUUAAGGCACUAAAGUAAAACUGCAAAGAAUGUGGCAAAGAAAUACACUUUUAGUCCUGAAUACAAAGCAUUUUGUUUUGGGGCAAUCCAACACAUCACUGUGUCCCACUCUUAAUAUUUUUAAGCAUGGUGGUGGCUACAUCAUGUUAUGGGUAUGCUUGUCAUCUGCAAUGACUAGGGAGUUUUGGGGGGAUAAAAAGAAACGGAAUAGAGCUAAGCACAGGCAUAAUCCUAGAGGAAUACCUGGUUCAGUCUGCUUUCCAACAGACACUGGGAGAAAAAUGUAUCUUUCAGCAGGAUAAUAAUCUAAAAUACAAGGCCAAAUAUACACUGGAAUUGCUUACCAAGACAAUAUUGAAUGUUCCUGAGUGGCUUAGUUACAGUUUGGACUUAAAUCGGCUUGAAAUUCUAUAGCAAGACUCGAAAAUGGCUGUCUAGCAAUGAAAACAACCAAUAUGUCAGAGCUUGAAGAAUUUUCCAAAUUAUAAAUUGCAAAUAUUGUACAAUUCAGGAGUGCAAAGCUCUUAAGAGACUUAACCAGAAAGAUUCACAGCUGUAAUUGAUAAAUGUGCAAAGAAAUUCUAAAACCAUGUUUUCACUUUGUCAUUAUGCGGUAUUGUGUGUAGAUGGGUGAGAUUAAAAAAAUAUAUUUAAGCAAUUUUGAAUUCAGGCUUUAACUCAAAAUGUGAAUAAGACAAUGGGUAUGAAUACUUCCUGAAAGCACUGUAUGAUGCACAAAACAAACUAUAGGCCUCAUAUUGUGUGUUACUUGAUUUCUCUGCUCUGCAGUUUAUUAGACCAAAGAAUGUAGCUAUGUUGACUGUUAUCACCAACCACAGUAUGUGGUAUAGUAGGCCUAUAGCUCACUUUGACAAAUCAUGUAUCAAGCUGUAUUACAAACUGAGUUGCGAACCAGACAUAGUAGUGUUAACACAUGCAUCAUUGA